AUGGGAUGAAGUGAGAGAAAGACACAGAAGAGACGGAGAACAAGGCGUGUCACCGUAGCAGUAGAUAGGAGUGUGUGUUCUGUCCGAAACCUUCACUCUAUCUGUAAAGAAGAUCAGAGGUGUGUGGAGUCAGACGUGAGCCGUCUCUCGCUCCAGUGGAGGCUGUCUGGACCCAGCUGUGUUUGAUGCAGAAUGCCUCUAGUUCAGUGUCAGCCGGCAGGCAGAAGAGGGAGCAACAGGACAUAUCUUCAUCUGCUGCUCCUCUUCCUCAGUGUGCUACAAACACAUGGAUACAUUCAAAUCCCUCCUGAUUACACACAUGACAGCCUAAAACAAGCUCCGAAGAUCACAGCUCAGCCCGGGUCUCACACCGCUUACUCUCUGGAUGAUGUCAGUCUGGCCUGUGAAGCCAGUGGAGAUCCGACACCCAGUUUCCGCUGGGUCAAAGAUGGCAAACAGUUUGGGGAGGUUCUGUUUGAGUCUGGAACCCUGACAGCAGAUGACACAGAGGAACUCCGAUUCUACCAGGGCUCGUACCGCUGCUAUGUGGCCAAUGAGCUGGGAACCGCCGUCUCAGGCCUGGUGCACCUGAUCACAGAGUCCAUCCCAACCUUGGCCAAAGAGAAGAGGCAGAAAAGAAGAUUGUUUGAGGAGGGAGAAAGCACAGUCCUCUCCUGUAACCCUCCGAAGAGUUCUGUCACUCCCAAAAUACACUGGAUGGACAUGCAGUUGCGCCACAUCCCUCUGAAUGAGCGGGUGACCACUAGUCUUGAUGGAAAUCUGUACUUUGCCAACUUACUAGUCAGUGACAGCAGAGAAGACUACACCUGCAAUGCCCACUACAUCAACGCCAGCGUCAUCCUACCCAAAGAGCCCAUCGCCAUCAGCGUCACACCAUCAAAUUCUGUGGUGAAAAAUCGGCGGCCCCAGCUGCAAAAGCCAGCGGGAUCCCACAGUUCUUAUCUGGUGCUCAGGGGCCAAACGCUGACUCUAGAGUGCAUCCCAGAAGGCCUACCAACUCCAGAAGUGCACUGGGAAAGGAUGGACAGCCCUCUCUCUCCCGCUCGAGCCAAGAAGCUGAACUACAACUGCUGGCUUCAGAUCGAGAACGUGUCGGAGGUGGAUGAUGGCGAGUACACGUGCAUUGCCCGGAACAGCCAGGGCUCUGUUAAACACCACUACGCUGUCACAGUGGAGGCUGCUCCUUACUGGAACAAGUGGCCUGAAGACCACCUGUAUGCCCCAGGAGAGACUGUGAGACUGGACUGUCAGGCUGAGGGGAUACCCACCCCAAAUGUCACUUGGAGCAUCAAUGGUGUUCCUAUCACAGGGACGGACUCGGACGCGAGGCGGCAUGUGAGUUCUGGUACACUGAUCCUGACUAACGUUCAGUACAGCGAUACGGCGGUCUAUCAGUGCGAGGCCACCAAUAAACAUGGCAAUAUCCUGGUCAACACGCAUGUCCAUGUAGUUGAACUGCCUCCUCAGAUCCUGACGGCAGAUGGGCUUGUGUACAAGGCCACAGAAGGCCAAAGGGUUCUACUGCAAUGCAGAACAUUUGGCUCCCCACAACCCAAAGUUGACUGGGUGAUUUUUGACUCUGGUCCCGCUCUGGCUAAUGCUAAAAUGUCUCAGACGAGCGAUGGAAAUCUUCAGAUCAGUGACGUGAGUGAAGACGACAGCAACAUUUACACAUGCUCAGUGAGGCACAGCAACAGGAGCAUCAGUGCUGAGCUGGAGGUCUUGAACAGAACUAAGAUUGUGAACCCUCCCCAGGAUCUACGGGUUUUACGUGGAAAUGAUGCUGUUUUACACUGCAAAUAUACAGUGGACCACAAGUUAAAACAACCCACAAUUCAGUGGAAGAAGGACAAACACAAGAUCACAUCAUCUGCUAAUAAUGACAAAUACACUGAAUACGCAGACGGCUCUCUGAAGAUCACUGACGUUCAGAUGGAGGAAACAGGAUCCUACAGCUGUGAGAUCAGCACUAAACUAGACUCGGUCAGCGCCACCGGCUCCAUCACCGUGCUGGAUAAACCUGGUUCUCCUCACUCUCUGGAGCUGUCUGAAAAGAUGGACCAUAGUGUCACGCUAUCCUGGACGCCAGGCGCUGAAAACAACAGUCCUGUAUCUGAGUAUGUCAUUGAGAAGAAAGAGGAGCAGAAUCCAGAAAAAGGCCAGUGGGAGGAAUACAGUAGAGUUCCUCCAGACAUCAGACACCUGGAGAUCCAUCUGCAGUCGUACAGCACAUACCACUUCCGGCUCAGAGCUGUUAAUGGCAUAGGAACCAGCGAGCCCAGUCCUCCCUCAGAGUCCUACAGCACACCAGCAGCCAUACCUGACAUGAAUCCAGAGAAUGUGACGACGGUGUCCACUGAUCCAAACAGUAUGGUCAUCACAUGGAAGGAACUGGAGCGAUGGCAAUUUAAUGGACCAGGAUUUGAGUACAAGAUCUACUGGCGUCAAGCUUCAGGCAGAGGUCCACACUGGAAGGAAAGCAGCAUCUCACAUCCUCCGUUCAUCGUGAACGGCACCGGGACCUUCAUCCCCUUUGAGAUUAAAGUUCAGGCAGUCAAUGAUUUUGGUGCAGGACCAGAACCAGUUGCUAAGAUUGGCUACUCAGGGGAAGAUGUACCUCUGGAAGCUCCUUCAGAGGUGGCAGUGACCGAGCUGAACAAAACCUCUGUCCUGGUAAGAUGGAGUCCGGUCAGCAUGGAAUCUGUCCGCGGACACUUACUCGGCUACAAGAUCCAUCUGCGAAAGAAAGGCCCCAGAACUCACAGCCGAAGAGGCCUGCCGAUGCACGCUCCAGCGGCUGACAAGUACAGAGAAAUCGAGGUUUAUGGAAAUAAGGUGGAGACGGUCGUGAGCAACUUGCAGUUUUACUCGGACUAUACUCUGACAGUUGCAGCUUUCAACAGCAGAGGUGAAGGUCCGCGCUCGAUGGAGUAUCACUUCACCACUCCAGAGGGCGCUCCUGGACCAAUUUCAUUCUUGACCUUCGAGAGCCCCUCAGAGACCGAGAUCACCCUGCGCUGGGGAGCUCCAGACAAACCCAACGGGGCGCUCACAGGCUACCUGCUGCAGUACUACGAAACUGUGCCUGGGAUUUCGAGCCCACAACAGGUGGAAUCCAUCGAUCUGCCCCUUGUUACUGAGUUCAGACUGAAGGGUCUGAAUCCUCAGAGCCUAUACCACUUUGAUCUUAGAGCAUGCACCGCUGCUGGUGAUGGGGAACCUAUAGUAAGGGAGGGCGCCACCUUGCUGGAUGGAGAACCACCAUCUGCAAUCAACAUAACUGCUGGACAAACAUCGGUUAAUGUCAGUUGGGUGCCAGGAGAAAGACAGCGUAACUUUGCCUUUAGCUUCUGUUACCUGAAAAAAAGUGCAGGUGGUGAAUGGGAAGAGUCGGAGAAGGUCAACUCCUCGCAGGCGUUCUAUCAGCUGCAGGGUCUGGCACCGGGCGUUCAGUACCACCUGCAGAUCCGGCCCGGAAACAACUCCUGGGAAUUCAAAACGGCUGGACCAGAGCUGCACGAGUUGUCCAGUAGCUUUGCGACUCAGGGCUGGUUCAUCGGACUCAUCAGCGCCAUGGUUCUGCUGCUGCUGGUGCUGCUCAUUCUGUGCUACAUCAAGAAGAGCAAAGGAGGGAAGUAUUCAGUGAAAGAUAAAGAGGAGGAUCAGGUCAAUGCUGGGGCCCGCACAAUGAAAGAUGGAGAAUUUGGAGAGUACAGAUCUCUGGAGAGUGAUAACGAGAAGUGCUCCAUCAGUCAGCAGUCAGUCUGCGAGAGCAAGCGCAGCAGCAACGACAGUCUAGCUGACUACGGAGACAGUGUGGACAUCCAGUUUAACGAGGACGGCUCCUUCAUCGGCCAGUACAGCGGACACAGAGAUCCGAACGGUCACGGCACUCACGGCAGCUCGGGCACCACGUCUCCCGUCAAUCCCAACAUGCCUCCGGCCAGCACCAGCUUUCCCACGUCUGUGACAGGAUUCCUGGGGCCAAACUAACACUCCACCGCCACACACACACAUCCUUGACCAUCUGAAUGAGGGGCCCUGGUGGUAUUAGACAGGGUACUGAUUUCAGGACAGACAGUCGUUACUAUAUGAUGCAAGAAACAUAAUCUGCAAACACCGGCGGCUUCACUCUCACAUAAUAAUGACACGAAUAGCCUGCAGGACAGUUGCGUCUAACAUUCCAUCCAGGCACUGAAAACUGUUUACAAUAUGCUCACCUCGCUGCUUCAAGUGAUGUUUGGACUGUACAUUCUCCCUCACUGGACGUUUGUCCAGUUCCCUCGCUGAAUUUCUGUAGAAUAAGGUGUGAUAGACAACAGACACAAGCGAAUACAGCUGUUUGAGAGUGUAGGACAGACUGAGGCCUUGUUCACGUGGUGUAGGAGUGACUGUUCAGACGGUGUAGUCAGUGUUUCAGUCAGUACAGGCUAAGAUGCAUUUCCAGAAAUGUCAGACUAAAGAUACACCAAAACGAACUGAUUUUGCUGCCUCUCUGAACAAUGCCUUAUGUCGAAUACAUCAGCUGAAAUCACUGCAGUCAACAGAAGUCAGAUCUGAAAAAUCUUUUAAUUUUCAUUAUGAUUUGAAGGCAUUCUUUUCCCAUUCACGAUUACAAAACGUGAAAAUAAUUUUAAGUAUUGUUUUUGUAUUAUUCUUACACGUUCUUCUUA